AUGGGGCCCAAAAUUGCAAAUUUAAUUUUUGGUACUCUUUGCGGAUCUUCUUCUGGUCUUAUCAGCCUUGACAUUUCAGAUGACAAUGUAAGCAGUAUCUCAGCAUCUCGUUAUAUCUUAUCGUGAUUAUAGUGAUUAAAAGCAUCAUCAAUUAAUGUAUACCUCCAGAUUGCAGGGUGGCUUUCCAACAUAGGGAGGCAAUCCACCUGCUUCUCUCCUUUACCAUCAUCAUCACCAUCGAAUGGGGUCUUAAAGUCUCUCUGUGUUCUAAACCUAAGGUAACAGCAACGCAUUGUUUUUGUGUCGUAGAGAUGAGGAAAUCUCUUUUUUAUCUUGCUUGAAACGUUAUUCGGCGUUGUCAACUUGAUCUGUUUUUUAUUUGGUUUUUUAUUAUCAGAGGAAAUAAUUUGGGCGAGGAUGAUGCAGAAGAUCUCAAGCAUGCUCUAGCUCAUAUGCCUCGCCUUAGGCAGCUGGAUAUAAGUGACAAUCCUUUGACUGAUGGUGGUAUAAGGUCCUCUCUCUCUCUCUCUCUCUUUCUCUCUCUUUCUCGUCAUAUAUGUUUAUAUGUAAAUAUUUACUCUCUGUCACACAUCCACACACUGCCUGCAUGUUCAUAACUGAUUUGAGUAUUAAAUGCUUGGGCACCUUUGGGUGUCUUUUAACCUUUUUCAUCACCAAAACAGAAGGAUCACAGGUGCUAAACGAGAAAUCGUAGGGGAAAAUUUUGGUCUACCACUACUAGCUUUGACUCUGGGAGACUAUUGUUCAGUUGUAUCGGUAGAACUUGAGCGUUGACCAUGCUGUUUCUGUCCCACACUCCCAUCACUUCCAAUGGUCUAACUUCAGCUAUCCCUUUACUCGCAUCGGAAGGAUACCGAUUGCCGCAGCCAUCAAAAUGGCUGCUAUAGAACUCGUUGCUGGUCCGAGACCUUUCAACUAUAUCUCUCAUCGACUAUAGUUUAGUCCAUUUUUUUCAUAUAUUGUUGUGAUGAAAUAUGUCAUGCCGGGUGUUUAUUAUGGUAACAGGCCCUGAUUGGUGGGCUUCUUCAUCAUUUGAAGGCGAUGAAGAUUUGCCGUUGACCGAGAUAUCUGAUAUGCUGCAGGAGUCUCAUUCCCUAUUUUCUCAAGGCGAUUGAGAGGCCGGAUCCUCUGUCUGAUAUCAAGAUAGAGAACUGCAGCCUCUCCAGCGUGGCAGUGGUUCAGCUCCUCGAGAAUAUCCAGCACUUGGGGAAGCCACUGCGCUCUUUAUCUCUCGCGGAUAAUAACCUUGGCAGGUUAAUAUGGUUCCCUCCCCUCAUAAUCUCUCCACUCGAUCGAUUAUUUUAUUUUUAUUAUUAUUAUUAUUAUUUAAAUCGACACUCGCUGGUUUCCUCCAUUUCAGCUGUGUGGGAGUGCCCUUGGCGAAGUUCUUGGGGCCUUCCCGCCUUCAGAGGCUGAACAUCGAAGAUGUGGGCUUGGGCCCGCUGGGGUUCCAAGAACUUGAACGCGGACUGCCUGAAGACGUGGGGCUCGUCUGGGUCAACGUGAGGUUGGAAAAGUCCCACCUCGUAAAUGGUCAACUAGUACCACUCGUCACCGAUUAAUUGCAUAGAGGGUCCAAUUACUGUGCCCAUUAAUCAGAUUCUUCGGCUGAUGGUUGUUGCAGUAAGAACCGGGGGAAGAAGGAAGCGGCAGAGUUCUUGGCCAAGCUCGUUUCAAGGGCUCCGGAGCUUUCCGUGGUCAACGCCGGAUACAACUUCAUGCCGGCGGAGUCUCUCCCGGUCAUCUGCGAGGCCCUGAAGCUCUCCAGAGGUACGUUGCACCUCCCUCAAGGGGCUUCUGACUCUUCUGCAUGUCUCCGAAUUGUAUUAAUUCCACGCUGAAUCAUCUCUUUCUUUUUUUUGGGUCGUCUCAGGGAAGUUGGAGAGGGUUGACUUGACGGGAAACGGGCACCUGUGCGAGCCAUCUCCGCCUCCCAUGCUCGCGGAUCUCCGUUUUCAGGGGAAGCCCGUUGUGAUCCUCCCAUCAUCACUAUCCACUGUAGCUUAUGAUGAUGAUCCUUAG